AUGGCUGAGGCAGUUGUUUCGUUUGUGCUCGAAAGGGUCGGGGACUUCGCCACCCAAGAAGCCAAGUUCUUGUCUGGAGUGAGCCAUCAAGUUGAGGUUGCACAAACUGAGCUACAAUUGAUGCAGGGCUUCCUCAAAGAUGCAGAUGCAAGACAAGGACAAGAUGCAACAGUACAAGUUUGGGUUGCCAAAACUAGAGAUGCUGCUUAUGAUUUGGAAGAUGUUAUUGAAACUUAUGGCUUGAAAGUGGCUUCCAAGAAGAAAAGGGGCAUCAAGAAUAUUCUCAGAAGAUUUGCCUGCAUCUUCAGGGAAGGGGUUGAUGUUCGAAAGAUUGGGUUAGAAAUUGAGAACAUUACUGCCAAAAUUUCUAAUUUGAGGUUAAGUUUGCAAAGUUAUAAUAUUGCAAGGGUACCAACAGAGAUUGGAGGUGAAUCUUUCUUGCAAUUGCAUGAGAGGCAACGACUACUGAGGCGAACUUAUUCUCAUGUUAUUGAACGUGAUGUUGUUGGAUUAGAGUACAACGUUGAAGAAUUGGUUAAGCAUUUAGUAAAAGAUGAAAAUCGUCAUCGAGUGGUAUCUAUUUGGGGGAUGGGUGGUUUAGGGAAGACCACCCUUGCAAGACAGGUUUAUCAUCAUAAAAUUGUUAGGCAACAUUUUCAUAGUUUUGCUUGGGUGUGUGUAUCUCAACGGUGUGAAAUAAGAAAUGUUUGGGAAGGAAUUUUCAUUAAACUCAUUUCUGCUACGAAGGAACAAAGACAAGAUAUUAAGGAAAUGACAUAUGAUGAAAUAGCAAAGAAGCUUUUUUGUGUCAUGCAAGAAAUGAGAUGUUUGGUUAUACUUGAUGACAUUUGGAGUAUCGAGACAUGGAACUUUUUGAAUGUUGCAUUUCCAAAUGAGAAAACAGAGAGCACAAUAUUACUUACAACACGCUAUGAAGCAGUCGCUUUGCCCCCAAACAGAAAUUGUUUCCUCCACAAACUCCAGCCACUAAAUGAGAAUGAGAGUUUGGCACUAUUAGAGAAGAUAGCAAUAUUUGGAAGGCCUGAUAUCGAUUCGGGAAUUUACUCUAAGAUGAGAGAAUUAGGUAGGAAGUUGCUUCGACAUUGUGCAGGAUUGCCACUUGCCAUCAUUGUGCUUGCCGGAGUUCUUUCCACAAAAAACACUAUUAAACAAUGGGAGAUGGUAAACGAGAAUGUAUAUGCAAACAUAAGGAGAGGCAGAGGUCAUGAACAAGAAUAUGAAGGUGCAUCAUGGGUGUUGGCAUUGAGCUAUGAUGACCUACCGUACCACUUAAAACCAUGCUUUUUAUAUUUAGGCCAUUAUCCUGAAGACCGUGAGAUUUCAGUGAGCACAUUGACUAAGUUAUGGAUGGCAGAAGGUCUUAUCUCAUUGAGACAACAAAGACAUAGUCUAGGGGAAACAAUGGAGAAUAUAGCGCACAAUUGCUUAACUGAGUUGGUGGAAAGGUGUGUGGUUCAAGUGGGAAGAAGCGGUUCAACUGGGACAAUUAAAACGUGUCAAAUCCAUGACCUUAUAAGAGACUUGUGUUUGUUAAAGGCAGAAGAGGAAAGCUUUCUCCGGAUUGGCUAUUCUACGCAGGAAAAUGAGGCAACUAAUCCUGUUACUUCUUCUAUGGUAGCCAAGGGAACACCAGUGGGGAAAAUUCGAAGACUUGCAAUCUACUUGGAUGAGAAUGCUGAUAGGUUGGUUUCAUCAAGAGAUGAAACAAAUGGCCACGUCAGAUCUCUAUUAUACUUUGUCUUAGGAGAAUGGAGGCCAAGAAGUGAAAAAGUAUUACUAUCUCCACUGACGGAUUUCAAAGUGCUUAGAGUUUUGAAGGUUGAAGAUGUUGAUGAAGUAGAAGUAGAGUUGCCAAGUGAAAUUGGAAAUAUGGUCCACUUGAGGUUUCUAAGUGUGAGAGAUAGCAAAAUAAAAAGGUUUCCAUUAUCCCUAGGUAAUUUGAUAUGCUUGCAAACUCUUGAUUUCCGUGUUCGAUAUGUAGAAUUGUUCAUCCCAAAUGUGAUAUGGAAAAUGAAGCAAUUAAGGCAUUUAUAUUUACCCAGACGUUACACAGCAAGCGGUAACCUGAAGCUAUCUACUCUUGGCCAUUUACAGACCUUAGAUUUUCUUUCAAGUGAGUAUUGUGAUUUGAAUGAUGUUGCUGGAUUAAACAAUCUCCAAAAACUGCAGAUAAGAUUGUCACUUCCCUUGGAAAAUCUGGAGGAAAUCUUGAAAUCUGUAGGCAGCACACUUAAUCAUAUCCGGUCUCUACUUGUAUACAACGGUUAUUAUUCUGUAAGGAAUACAAGUUAUGAGGAGCAGGGUAAUCAAAUAGUAUCAAGUUGUCGUCGUAUAUAUAAACUGAAGCUGGAUGGGCCAACAGCAGUAUUACCAAAAGAGCUCCACAACUAUCCAAACCUCACCAAGUUAGAAUUGUGUAGCUGUAGUCUCAAGGACGACCAAAUGGGAAUACUAGAGAAGCUGCCAAACCUAACAACUUUGCUCCUUAUAAGUGAAGUAUUUGAAGAGAAUACAAAGAUACUGGUUUUCUCCAAAGGAGGCUUUCCUUCCCUACAAUUUCUUUCCGUUUUUCGUAUGGACGAAAUAACAGAGUGGAGGGUAGAGGAAGGAGCCAUGCCUAGUCUCUGGCGAUUGCGAAUAGGAUUUUGCAGUGGAUUGACGACGCUUCCAGAUGGGCUGACAUAUCUUACUAAUCUCAAGGAAUUAACCAUUUUCGGGAUGCCUAGAGAACUCCAUAGUAGGAUUCAGGAAGAUGGAGAGGAUUUCUGUAAAAUUCGACAUGUACCUUCUGUUGUAAUUGGAGAACCCUACGACCCACCAAUGCAAUGAAAAGCUGGGACUUGACAUUGGAAAAGUAAGGCCACACUUUGUGUCAUCAUGGAGCUCAGCUGCUGAGCAGAGGGAUAAUACUUCUUACAGGUUGUAGCAUCUUCUGCACGUCAUAAGGAAGGCCACCGUGCCAUUCGGACUGCUGCGAGCGAUGGUGAUCAUGAUCAACAUUCAUAUUUUGACGGUGUAAAACUUGACAGGAAUGCCAGUUCUUGCUUUUAUUCAAUUACAAAUUACAAUGUUCUAAUAAUACUUUUUUAGAAUACAAAACAAACAACGGCACAUUCAUUACAAUACGUUGGAUCUGGAACAUCCUCGCU